GUGAACCGUUUGCUGCUGCGUGGAUAUUUUUUUAGGCCUACACUAUCCUUGAGAAAUUUGUCCAUGUUUUCCCAAAUACCGACAUGAAGUACUCGAUCUAGAGCUCGUAUUCCACUAUUAUGAAUCCACUUCCACGUUUUAAAACAUCCGUAUAGUGCCAUUGCCUGUCGGAUGGACAGUGGGAACAGAAACAUUAUGGCUGCCAGUCUCUCCCUGACUCAGCUUUCGAGUGGGAACCCUGUCUAUGACAAAUACUAUCGACAGGUAGAUCCGUCGGGCAGUGGACGGGUACCAGCAGCAGAUGCUGCCCUCUUCCUAAAGAGAUCAGGCCUGGCAGAUCUGGUGCUGGGCAAGAUAUGGGAUCUGGCAGAUUCAGAACGAAAAGGAUGCCUUAACAAACAGCAAUUCUUUGUUGCACUCCGACUAGUGGCCUGUGCCCAGAAUGGGCUCGAGGUGGCACUGAAGAGUCUUAAUGCAGCCGUUCCUCCCCCGAAAUUUCAUGAUACGAGUAGUCCGCUUCUGCCUGGAGGAGUGGCCGUAGACGCCCCAUGGGCGGUCAAGGCGGACGAGAAGGUGAAAUUCGAUGCCAUCUUCGAGAGCCUGUCGCCCGUGGGGGGCAUGCUCACAGGGGAUAAGGUCAAGCCGGUCCUGCUCAACUCCAAGCUGCCCGUGGACGUUCUGGGCCGGGUGUGGGAGUUAAGCGACAUUGACAGAGAUGGCAUGCUCGACAGAGAUGAAUUUGCAGUGGCCAUGUACCUGGUCUACAGAGCUUUGGAGAAAGAGACAGUGCCCAUGUCUCUGCCCCCUGCCUUGGUGCCCCUAUCGAAGCGGAAGAAAUCCACCACCCCUCCAGUCAUGCCCCUGCUGCCCUCGCCGCCCUCCGUGAAGGAGCCCCGAGCGCCCCCACCUGCCCCCGCCAAAACACUGCCCCCUCCUGCCAAAACAAUAGCGGCGCCUCAGUGGGUGGUGUCCCUGGCAGACAAAGCGAAGUACGACGAGCUGUUCAGUAAGACGGACAUUGACAUGGACGGUCUGGUGUCUGGCCCUGAGGUCAGGGACAUCUUCCUCCGCACAGGGCUGCCCUCCGCUACACUGGCACGCAUCUGGGAGCUGUGUGACAUCGGGGACAUCGGCAAGUUGACCAGAGAGCAGUUUGCCCUGGCACUGCACCUCAUCAACCAGAAGCUGACUAAAGGCGUCGACCCUCCCCAGGCCCUCACGGCCGAAAUGAUCCCCCCGGCUGACAGAGUUGCCCAGAGUGCCACGCUGGCAUGCCAGGCUGCUGACUUCUCUGCCAUCAAGGAGCUGGACUCCCUCAGCAACGAGAUAGUCGACCUCCAGAGGGAGAAGAGCUCCGUGGAGCAGGAGAUCCGCGACAACGAGGAGAGCAUCCGCCAGAGGACCAGCGAGGUGCAGGAGCUGCAGGAUGAGGUGCAGCGGGAGAGUGCGGAGCUGCAGAAGCUGCAGGGCCAGAGGCAGGAGGUGCAGGAGGCGCUGGACAAGCUGGACGCUCAGAAGAACUCGCUGGAGGAGCAGCUGGCCCUCAUACGCCAGCAGUGCAGCCAGGAGAACCAGAUGAUCAUGACUCUGCAGGCGCAGCAGUCGGAGCAGGAGCAGCAGAUCGGCGACUGUGAGACGGAGCUGGGCCGGGCGCGGGCCGAGCUGCGGCGGCUGCAGGACGAGACGCAGCAGCUGGAGCAGAAGGUGGAGACGGCGCGCGCGCAGCUGGACCCCCUGCAGGACAGCGUCCAGGAGUCCCACACACAGGUCUCGCAGGCCCAGGAGAAGGUCACGGAGUUGCGCAUGCAGGAGCGAGACCUCACGGCGCAGCUCAGCUGGCUGUCUCUGACGCAGGACGACCCCGUCCCUCCCCCCAUCGCUGCCCGCGCCCCCGUCCCCACGCCGACCCCCGUCUCUGUCUCUGUCCCGGUCCCCACGCCGACCCCUGUCCCCGUCCCACUGGUGAACGGAGCGGCCGGCGGGGAGGACGAGCAGCUCGACCAGGACGAGGAGGAGGACAGCGAGAACGGAGCGGCCGACGAACCGCAGGAGCUGCGUGUGGAGGAGGAGGAGGAGGAGGUGGCGGUGGAGGAGGACGAGGAGAAAAGGGAGGAAGAGGAGGUGAAGCAGGAGGAAGGGGCGCGGCCGAACAGAACCAAGAGUCCAGGAGGGGCCAGUCUGGACCCGCUAGAGGACCUCUACACCAGCGCACGCUCCACUGCAGCCUGGGUCAACGCCGAAGGGAGCAGUCCUGCUCCCGAUACCAACGCAGAGGCGAAGGAGGCGAAGGAGGCGAAGGAGGCGAAGGAGGCGAAGGCAGAGGUGGAGACGGCAGCGUUCCCCAGAGCCAGCACCCCUAAGACAGAGUCGCCUGUCCCAGAGCAGGCUACAGGGUCCCCUCAGCGUCCCCCCCAGGCACCAACACCUACACCAGGACCAGCAGCAUCUCCAGCCCUCGCUACAGCAGCAGCAGCAGCAGUGCCACCUGCUGGCCCCAGCCAGGAAGCUACAGCCUCCAGCCUGGACUUCUUCCAGUCAGACCCCUUCACUGACCAUGAUCCAUUUAAAGAUGACCCAUUUAGUAAAGUGGACGUGGCUGAUCCCUUUGGUGGUGACCCCUUCAAGGGCUCGGACCCUUUUGCCUCGGACGCCUUCUUCAAGCAGAACCCCGCGGCUUCCUUCCCUUCCGCAGACCCGUUCGGCUCGGCUGACCCCUUCAGCGGAGCCGCCGGGGCCCCCGAGGCCGACCCGUUUGCCUCGCACCUGAAUAACGCGGCCGCGGGUCCAGAUCCGUUCAGCUCCCAGUCCAGUGACGCCACAGCCGCCGGUGGCAGCGCCGCCGCCAAGGAUCCAUUCAGCGCCAAAGUGAACAACAUAUCCGACCCAGACCCCUUCGCCUCCAAGAUGGACGCUCUGGGCGAUGCCGACCCCUUCAGCUCGCCGAGUGGGCCUGAUCCUUUCGCCAGCACACUUCCUGCUUCUGAUGGACCCACGAAGGAUCCGUCAUCGGCAGUUAAUGACCCUUUUGCACCAGGAGGCACUGUGGUGAACACAGACUCCGAUCCAGACCCCUUCGCUGCUGUGUUUGGAAACGAGUCGUUCGGAGGAGGGUUUGCUGAUUUCAGCGCCUUGGCAAAGUCGAAUGGUGCUGACCCAUUUGCUGCAGCCAAUACCUCAACCAACAAGAACCUGUUCAAGGAGGACGGCACGUCCAGCAGCUCAGACACGCCCCCAGCGCUGCCCCCCAAGACGGGCACUCCCACCAGGCCGCCUCCUCCCCCCCCAGGCAAGCGGUCUAACAUCUCUCGGUCCGAGUCGUCGGAGUCGUUCCAGCGGCGGAGCUUCAUGACGCAGGGCGACUUCUCGUCGCUGCCCGCCAAAGACUCGGCGCCGGACCCGUUCGCCCCCUCCUCCCCCCGCCAGCCGCCGCGGCAGCCUGAGGGAUUUGCCAGCUUCGACAAAUACCCCACAGAGGAGGACAUGAUUGAGUGGGCGAAGCGUGAGAGCGAACGCGAGGAGAAGGAGCGGUUGGCUCGGCUGACGCAGCAGGAGCAGGAGGACCUGGAGCUGGCCAUCGCCCUCAGCAAGUCCGAGCUCUCGUGAGACCAGACUCUCGUGAGACCCGCUACACGUCCCCACCCUCCUCCCUUUUCCUGGACUCUCUCUCUUCUCCUGCCCCACUCCUCCCAAUAUGGUGGCGCCCCCUGGUGGAGGAGGGAGCGAGAGGCCUUGCAGGAGUAGAAGCAGCAUCUAGUCGAAGCCCUCCUGUGAUGAGACCAGACUCUGCCCUGCCCAUAACAUCCCCUCCCUUCCUCUCUCCCUCCCUGGACUCCCCCUUCACACUUGCCCCACCCUCCCAGCCCCCAAAAUGGCACUCCCUGAUGGAGGAGAGAGCUGGAGACCUUGACGGACCCUGCGGGAGUAGGAGUAGCAUCUCGUCGGAGCUCUCUGCCCCUCUCCACGUUGGCCCUGCUUCAUCCCUUGAGUCUGUGUCCCAAUCCCCUUACCCUCCACCUCCCAAUGAAGAGCUGUGAAGGCCUUGCCAGAUUCUGUUGGAGUAUGAGUUGCAUUAAGUCAGAGAUCUCCUAAUGAGAUUCUGCCCCACAACCUUCCAUGAACCCUCUAACCCAACCCAAAUAACUACUCUCUACAUGAGUAGUAGGAAGACUUGCAGAACUUACACAGGUAGGAUUAGUCAGGAGAAGUCGGAGUCACUGCCGCACUACAUCGCAACCUUCCUCCCUCACCUGACUCCGUAUUCCUGUCUGCCGUCACACCCCCUUCCCCCCCGGCAGGCACCCCAACUACAGGCUCAGCACUCUCAGACUGAGGAAGAGGUUCUUCAGGACGGUAGCAUCAAGGCUGCUCUUUCCUGAGACGAGACACUAACCCAUAACAUCAGUCCUACGCUACGCUUACAUCCCUGUCUCCCCUGCCCUCUCCCUGCCUUCCUCCUCCACCAUCCCUCAUGCAGGCUCCGUAACUCUCAGGAUGAAAGCAGGAGCACCUGGAGAGAGAGGGAUCCCAUUAUCGAAUUCCGAGCUCUCCCGAUGUUGGUUAUGAAGCAACACAUAGAGAAAAGUUCUGAUGCUUAUGAUCGCAACCCCUCAAUCAUUUCCCUAACAACCACCACCCCCAGCGUCCGUGUUGAAUACCCACAUGUGUAACACCCUAAACCAGGACUGUGAAUCAUCUUCUCUUAGUCUGAGCUCACCUAAGAUGCUGCGCCUUCUGCCAUAACUCUUACAGGUACACGUUGAGACGCACAAAAGCACUGCUGAUGUUCGGUCUCCCCUGAAUUCCCUCUGCCCCACCCCUCCACGUACUGAUGCAUGAAGACCGUGUCCAAGACUGUCAACACCAACAACAACUCAACCUCCUGUCUAACCUGGGUACUUAAUUCUCACAAAUCUCUAGUCCUAUCAGAGUUCUAAAAGUCUCCUCCUCUCCUCCUCCUCCUCCUCCUCCUCCUCUUCCUUUCGCCUCCUGAUUCCGACAGUGCUGUUGGUGCUUUGGGGGAUAAAGAGAGAGAUGGAGACUGAGAGACCUGGUGGAAAUAUCAAAAGGGACUGUUGGGUUCAAAUGUGCUCUACCCAUCUCUUUGGAAAAUGGCUGCCAUGUCCCUGGUGAUUAGAGCCUCUGUUGGGAGGAUAAUGGCCUUCGCUGUGUCAUUUCACCUCCCCUGACCGAGAGACUAUUGAGCUGUCGAUGGCACAUUUGAAAAAUUCUGUUAGCCCCCCGCCCCCCCCCCCCCCCCCCCCCACACACACACACACACACACACACACAUGUGCGCGCACACAUCCAUGAACUGCAACUGCUCUCUAUGUGCUUCCUGUAUAAUUCUUUCAUGCUUGCAUCAUGGUUCUGACCGGUUAUGUAGGCGUACCUACACUUAUAAGUACAUAACCAACCCAUUCGCCUAUGACCCAGUCACAAGAUCUGAGAGGCUCUGCAGAAGGACAAGAGAAAUUGCAUCAGUUUUACAGCCACAGAGAGUCACCUGCUACUGGGUGGAACAUGACCUCGCCCGUAUAAACAAACCAAGUCAUGUCUCAUAUCUCAACAUACUCAGACUAAUAAGUGAAGUUAAUGGGACAGAGAAAAUGGCUGGCUAUUUCAAUAGAUUGCUCAAUGGAUGUUGUUGAUGGUAAUGUGAAGGUAAAAUUUUAAACAUGCUCUAGUCCUAGUUUCAAUGGGUGGUUAAUUAGGGUUUUGAUUGACAUGCAUAAUUGGGCAACUGUGUAAAUGUGAGGUGUAAACAGUUUAUGUAAAGUUCCACCCAAUGAACAUGACUAUUUAUAAAAGGCUGCUGGAUGAUUGGGAUAUUUUUAAAUCAGCCCUUGCUAACACAUGGGUCAUUUUACAUGUAUGGUAAAAGCAAACCAGUUGAGAGCCUCAUCUUUUUAAAUAUUCAUGUUUGCUUGCCUAGAGUCCUCUUAUUCAUUCUGAUUACUCUGAAACCCAGAGAUGCACAGUCAAAUCUGUUCUGACUUGACAAAAGAGGUACAUUACAUUUGGUUUUGCCAUAUUGCAUUUUUCCAUAUUUGUUGACUUCAUCUCUCUUCAAUUCUCUGAAAUGAAUCCGUUGAGUUCAGGGCAAGGUCACCGUGACCUUCUGGGGCAAUUCUGCAGAACCAUUCGCUCUUCCGCAUUCUGAUGUACAUUAACAGCCCGAGUUAUGUUUUCUCAUGUUGAGACUAAUGCAAUGUAUGAUUUGAUGUUUGAAUGUAAGUGUCACUGUUGAUCCACAUUUUAGUCGGCCUCCACAUCUAGCUGUUAGAAAGGAUCCCUAGUGUGUCUGUCAGAACAAUCCACAGCUGCUGGGUUAUCUGUUAUAUCUGUGCAGCUGUACCAAGUCUUCAACUUCCCACUCCUGGGGGUGCAUACUGUAUCCAGCUCAUGUCCAGCUUGAAAGAACGAUCUCUAUGGAUGAUUUGACAUUGUUGUAGCAGUUACCCCCCUUCAUCAAUUGUGUUACCCCUGGCUCCUUCCUCCAGAAUGGCCUUUCUGUUUAACAUAAACAAUAGUCUCCAGUAGGGGGUUCCAUUGCGACAGAAAUUGCCUGAGACAAAUGGGGGCUUGUGUUUUGAAUCUCAAAGUCCACCGAGAGUUCAUCCUCAGGUUACUACAUGGCUAUUGUGUGUGUAUUGAUGAGUUUCGAGGGUGGGAGCGGGGGGGUUGAUUGCCUUCUGUACAAGAAAUGCACUUUCAAAGACCCCUUCAUCCCUUACAGACAGAUGCAUAUCCACAGUAGAUAUGGAGAGAUGACACGGGAUUGUGCUUUUGUUUUCUAUGUUUAUUAGUAUGACUGUGUACGGAUUAAGUAUGGAGUAUCAACUCACAGUUCCAGUUGAAGUCCCAUUUAGACUCAACCAAGGAGAUGAACAUGUCACUAGUUAUGGUUUGAAAGCACAGUGAACUCUAGAAAGGCCUCCUUUUAAAACAAAUGGCCUGUCUGCUUCCCUUAUGGGUCAAUCAAUACGUCUAUUGGACUGAAAAAAUGUUGCUUACCACUCCAUCGAUAUACAUAAUAAAAUGGUCAGUCAUUACACUCCAUUGUACGUUAACUAUAUCAUGUAAAUACUAUGAAUUGUCAAAAUGUGCUGCUUUUUUCUCCUAUCAGACAUAUAGCAUUCAAGUCUCUCAGUUACUAAAAUCAUAGUAGUACCAAAUUCUCAUUCCUUCAAUUGAAAACCACUUAUGUGUACUUGCCAUCUAUAGGCUUUUAAAACUGGCUCAGUGUAUUUUAUUUUUUUAAUGUCAAAUAUGUUCCCUGCUGGGAGAUUGUUUAAAUAUGUUAAGUAUAACAUGUAAUUAAAAAGAUUAAUAAAUUGAAGUCUUUAAAGCUA